CCUUCGAAGCUUGAGCCUGCUUGACUCUAUUCCUGUUUGUGUUUGACUCUUUGGGCUUCUAAUCUACUACUCUGUUUCCUUCAUUGAUUUUUCAGAAGCUUUUCUUACCCAAAAUUUUCUGCUUACUCAUUCUUUAUUUAAUUUCUACAUCAUUAGAUUCCUUAAACCGCAAGGUUACUUUAACUUUCGCAUCUAGUAUUGGAUUCUUUUUAUUGUCACUAAUCUAAUCGGAAAAUCAAGCCUUAAUCUUUACAGUCUGCAAUGUCUGGACUUUGAUGUCUUCCCAACUUUCAAGGGUACUGAUACAUUGCUGCAGUUGGCGUUUUGGCAUUUUUCAAAUAUGGGACAUUGCUUCUCUAAGGAUAAAUCUGACGGAUCUGAUUCAGAACAGGCUGUUGAGUUUGUUGGUGGAAAUGUGCACCGGGUUACCUCUAAGGAGGAUUGGGAUCAGAAGUUGUCUGAAGCGAAGAGAGAUGGCAAGAUUGUUAUUGCAAACUUCAGUGCGACAUGGUGUGGGCCUUGUAGAAUGCUUGCACCAUUUUAUUGUGAACUCUCAGAGAAGCACCCUUCUCUAAUGUUCUUGUUGAUAGAUGUUGAUGAACUAACUGAUUUCAGCACCUCAUGGGAUAUUAAAGCCACUCCUACAUUUUUCUUUCUUAAAGAUGGGCAGCAAAUAGACAAGCUUGUUGGAGCAAACAAGCCAGAGUUGCAGAAGAAGCUUACUGCUGUUUUAGAUUCGGUGGGGAAUCAUGGGAAAUGACAUUUGUGAGGUUUCCAGUUUCAAAGACUUGGCAGUAUCUUCUUUUCUGUCUCUGUUUGUGUUGUCGUGAGCUUUGGUUGAAUGUGGUGUAUUUGUAAACUGUUGUUUGUUAUAUAAGUGUAAUAUUUGCAAUGCCUGGUUGCAUCAACGACCCUCGUUUAUCAAUGACCUUGUUAAGUUUGUGCA